ACUUAGUUUUACCAUUUUGUUCUGUUUUUUAGUUACACAUGGCUUUAGUAGUCUUGUUGAGGUGGUGGCAUGUUUUGUCUUAUUUUUCAACAUUAAGACCUGACUCUCUCUGAUACCAUUUUAGAUUUUUAUGUUUGGUCUAGUUUAUCUUUAUAAGACUGACUUGUAAAGUGAGAGUGUUACUUUUUAUAAACUCUUUUAGAGUUCGAUCUGAGUUUUCAAUGUGAGACUUGAGUUUUUUUCCCCAAUAUUUAGUGUUGCUUAAGUUUUUAGAAGAGUUUGAAGAUGGGUUUUGGAGAUUAGGGGUUGUAAUGAAUAUUGAUGAAGAUUUUGUUUUGUAUUUUGGUUGGGUAUGUAACUUGGUUGGCAUUUGAGUAUUACUUUCCUCCUUCAAGUGAACAAAAAUUCAAUUCCAUGGCCGGAGUACUUCGAUAUCUUGACACGACUCAGAUCAAAGCCAGCUUCGAGAGAAUCUCAAACAAUGAUAUAGUUUUGAAGGGUAUUGCAGAAGAGUUAUCAUCCGGAACGAUGAAAAAGACCGGAACAACAACUACAGAAGAAACAAUUAGAAGCGAUUCGUCAGCCGAUGAAACUAUGAAAUCAACAUUAUCGAUUAGCUCGAGUCAGAACUCAGAUCAGAAAAAAGGGAAGAUUGGUUUAGCCGAAAGCUCUAUAGUUUCAUGUUGCAUAGAUGAAGAUGUCCAAGAGAAGCAAUUUCAAGAAAAUUCAGAGACAAAACAUGAAACCGAAACAUCUAAAGCCCGAAUUCACAAGCUCAAGAAAAAGCACAAGAGUGUUAACAAUUUUCCUCGCCGUACUUCAAAGCGUCUAGCUGGAAUUAUGGUUGAUCAACUUCAAGAACUUAAAACAAGUAGAACUCGUCGAGACGUGGUAAAACAAUUAGAAGAGGAGGAAACUAAGUUCAAUAGCUUGUGUAAUGAUCGAGCGAAACCGGCUAAUGAUGCGUCAAAAACUAAGUUCAAUGCCAAUAGUAUUCAAAACACAAUGAAGAACAAUUCAGCUAGUACUGAGGAAGAGUGUGUCAGUAUCCUCGAAAAUGUAGAUAACAUCGAUGCGAAGUUAGAUUACAACUGCGACUUCCCCCUCAAAGAAAUACUAACUGAUCCGUGUAUCGCAUUUGCAAUACAAACACUCACCGGAGUAACAUUUGAGACCUCUAAAGACAUUCAAACCUUUGAAGAACGCGGUAAGAAAAUCGAUGUCACACACGAAGAUUCCGAGGGACGCAGCGUGUUAUCAUCGCCGGAGAAAUUUGCUAUUACACAAGAACAUAGUGUUGUUGCUAAAGUUAAUGACAAAGCAAAUAAGAAACAUGAUAUUUCAAAGAUGGCUUUGUCAUCAAGUGUUUGUAGCCAAUACUUUGGAACUAAGAUACCAAUGUGUAAUAAAUCUUUUAGUGAACUAAGUUAAAUAUUGUAUAGUUAGGUGAGUUUGUAAUUAGGUACUACUCUAUGAUGCAAUGAAUCCUUUGUGUAAUCUUGUAAUAUGGUAAUGUGUAUAUUGUAGAAUAUGUUAUUAGGCAUUUAUGUAGUUUUGAAUGUUUAUGUUAGUUUGAAUGUAGAAUGUGUUUUAGUAUCUAA